AUGGCUGGCAAAGCAGGGAGGAAACAGGCUAGUUCAAAUGCAAAAAUAAUUCAGGGCUUAUACAAGCAAGUCUCUUUGUUUUUAGGAAUGGCUAUCGUACGUCUAUUCAUUUCACGUAAGGUUACAAUUGGCCAAUGGAUUAAGCUGGUGGCUUUGAACGUUCCUAUGUUCGUUGCUCUGUAUAUCAUUGUGCUAUCCGGUAAGCCCAAAUAUGAUGGCAAUCGCGUAGUAAAACAAGGUAUAGACUUGAACGACAAUACAAAUUUGAUAUCAUAUUUUUUUGAUUUGAUAUAUCUAUCACUUUUUGGUAACAUUGGUAUUAUAGCUUUCAGGACAUUCAAAUUUUGGUGGUGUCUACUAUUGUGCCCCAUCUAUGCUGGUUACAAGUUAUAUGGCCUCAAAAACAUGUUCAUGCCUGGCGCUCAACAAACUCAGGCAGAUAAUCGCUCAAAAAAUGCUAAUGAGGGACAAUCCAAAUCCAAAAGGCAGAUGAAAAGGGAGAGGAGGGGUGAAACUGACUCUAAAAUUAAGUACAAGUAUCGUUAA